GCCAGCGGCCGCAGCCCGGGACCAGCGAGCCAGGGAGCGGCGCCCCGGGAGUCUCCCUCGCGCCGGCUGGCCAGCCGCGCGCCCAGGGCACGGGGAGUCCCGCGGGCAGAGCCAGGCCGCCCUCCUCUCCCACCCCCAUCCGUCUAUGCCUCUCGGGCGCCCAGAGGAGCCGAGAGCACCCGCUGCCCCCCGCGCCGCCCCACGCCGUCCUGCUCGCUCAGCCCGGCCUCCUAUGGCUCAGUCCGGGCGCUGACUGUCUGAAGGGCACCGCGGGCGAGCCCUUACCUUGCUGCCCCCGCCGUUCACCAGCGCCCAGGGCUUCUGCCCCCGUCGCCGCGGCUCCCGCUGUCUCCGCCGCCGCUGGCCUCGGCGCGGCGGGAAGAGGCUGCGGGCGGGGAGUGUCCCCGGCUGGGCUGGCCGGCCGCUGGCGGGCGCUUCUCGGAGGCGGCCUGCGGCUCCGCCAGCUGCUUCUCUUCCACUCCGUCUCCAUCCCCGGGAGCGUAUAUGAGCGCUGCCUUUCCGCCCUCCCUGAUGAUGAUGCAGCGGCCCCUGGGUAGUAGCACUGCCUUCAGCAUCGACUCGCUGAUCGGCAGCCCGCCCCAGCCCAGCCCGGGACACUUCGUGUACACCGGCUACCCCAUGUUCAUGCCUUACCGGCCGGUGGUGCUGCCCCCUCCGCCCCCGCCGCCCCCCACGCUCCCGCAGGCCUCCCUGCAGCCGGCCCUGCCUCCCGCACACCCCCACCACCAGAUCCCCAGCCUGCCCACCGGUUUCUGCUCCAGCCUGGCACAGGGCAUGGCUCUCACCUCCACCCUCAUGGCCACCCUGCCCAGCAGCUUCUCGGCUUCGCCCCAGCACCAGGAAGCGGCCCGCAAGUUUCCGCCCCAGGCCCUGCAGGGCAACUUCGACAAGGCGGACGGCAUCCCGGCCGAGUCCGAGGAUGGGAAGGCUUUCCUGGCCAAGGAAAGCUCGCUGUUGUCCUUCUCGGCCUCCGAGGCGGUGCAGGCUUCGCUCGUGGGGGCCAUCAGAGGCCAGGGGAAGGAGGAGGCCAAAGGAGAAGACGAUCCCAGGGGGAAAGAGGAGAGCUUCUCCAUGGACAGCGACCUGGACUAUAGUUCAGACGACAAUAUCCCCAGCCAGGCCGCCCACAAGGAGGAAGACUUGGCCACGGCCCUGGAGGAGAAUCCCCAGAGCAGCAGCAGCAGCAGUAGCAGCAGCAGCAGCAGCAGCUCGGGCAGCACUACUUCCACGGGCAAAAACCGGCGGAGGCGGACGGCCUUCACCAGCGAGCAGCUCCUGGAGCUCGAGAAGGAAUUCCACUGUAAGAAGUAUCUGUCCCUGACCGAGAGGUCGCAGAUCGCCCACGCGCUCAAACUCAGCGAGGUUCAGGUGAAAAUCUGGUUCCAAAACCGAAGGGCCAAGUGGAAACGGGUCAAAGCCGGCAACGCCAACUCCAAGACCGGGGAGCCCUCUAGGAACCCCAAGAUCGUUGUUCCCAUUCCGGUGCACGUCAGUCGUUUUGCCAUCAGAAGUCAACAUCAGCAGCUGGAGCAAGCCAGGCCCUGAGCGGCCAGGGGCCCCCCUCCUCAAGCUCUCCCCAGUCCCCGGCCCCAGCAGGUGCCAGGGGAGGCAACCCCCCAUCCCCCAACACACACACACACACACAC